AUGAAUUUUUUAUCGGUAAAUUUGAGGGGGGUUCAGGAUUCCCAAAAAGUAGACUGGAUAAGGGGAAUUAAGACGUCUUAUGGAGUUCAUUUUUUGGCGAUUCAAGAAACAAAAUUGGGGGCUACGACCAGUUUUAUGUUUAAUGGAUUUUGGGGUCGGUCGGCAUAUCAACUGGAAUGUGUUCAUGCGGUGGGAAGGUCCGGGGGGAUUGCUUCACUUUGGAACCCGAGUAUGUUUCAUUGUGACAAUGUGAUUAAAGACCGGUAUUUUUUAGUUCUGUCUGGAGUGUUGAACCAUUUAGGUGUUCGGAUUAAUUUGGUUAACAUCUAUGCACCUAAUGAUGCUCUUGCAAGAAGGAAUCUGUGGGUCAAGCUUCUUGAUAUGAAGAAUUCUCUGCAAGGUUUAUGGGUUUUCAUGGGGGACUUUAAUGAAGUUAGGGAUGAGUCUGAAAGGUUCAAUUCUGAAUUCAUAGCAACAAAUGCAGAGGUCUUUAAUCAGUUCAUCUUAGCAGCAGGUCUCACUGAAUUUAAUAUGGGGGGUGGCAAAUUUACGUACAUAUCUGAUCGUGGGGAUAAGUUGAGUAAACUAGACCGUUUUCUUGUUUGCCUUGGUUUUAUGGAAAGAUGGCCGAAGGCGUCGGUUUUAGCCUUGAACCGUGAUGCUUCGGACCAUAGACCUAUUUUAAUGUCCACGGUUCCCUCGGAUUUUGGCCAUACCCCUUUUCGGUGUUUUAAUUCAUGGAUGGAAAUGCCGGGUUCAUGGAUUUAG